AUGUUCAAAAUUUCAGAAACACUACAAUUCGACGUGUAUACAAUCGUUCUAAUGAUUUGUGAGGUUGUAUUGGUAUUAUUGGGUGUGCUUCAGUGGUAUUUGGCCGAUGUGACAGUGCGUUAUAUAGCCGCCCGUGAUGACAUCUACACAAUACCGUCGGGUAAAUUCAAGUGGCGUCCAGAAAUACUCAGCUCUCAUAGCAUUAAGCAUGAACGAUUCUGA